UACCGCCGUACGACGCAGCUAUACUACCAUUCUAUGGGAGAGUUCGAUCCCCCUGAGGUACUGUUGAACAAACGCGUGCUACAAAACAGAGAGCGAGCGCGUGUGAUGGCACACAACGAGCAGAGUUUGCUUUAGGUAUGCUCACGCCAACCAACCAGCGAAGGUUUUACUUUCAAACAUCAUCUCGGUAGAGUUGGUCGAAUCUUUGUAAACCAAGUGCGACGGAGUAUGUUUUUCUGCUAACAGUACAGCAGUUUCAAGUGUUUGAAAUUAUUUUUUGUUCUUGUGAGUUUAGUGUAUGAAACCAUUUCGAUAUUAUUUGGAAGACAGCAAAAACUAUUUGAAGUUUCAAGUUAAUGAACAAAGUUUGCUUUAGUGCAAAAGUACUACCCCAGUAGUGUGUAGAACUAUUACGAGAGCGACGUCAUACUUCAUUCAAAAGUGAAGCAGUGCAAAAAAAAUCCUUCGGACUGUCAUUACUCAAGAACUCGGCCUGGGCGCGUUCAUUCAACCGUGUGUAUGUAAGCUGUAGAAUAGGGUUCUAAAACCCUCGUUUCUGCAUCAAUUUGGCUUCGAUUCGGUAGCACUGGAACCUUACGACGUUUCACCCGAAAAUGGAUGUGUACUACAUAAGCGACAGUAUCCAUUACGGUUCGUUCCGUAAUCCGCUGUAUCGGGAUUAUGAAAAAUUCCCCUAUGGAACACUGGAGAACCCACUUAACAAUCCGUCCAAGCUUAAGCAACAUCAGCAACAGCGGAAUGGCGGCUUCACCAUGGCACAAGAAAAGUCUAAAAGCAAAUCAUCCAAGGAACCGUGUCCGUUCUGCAAGGAGCAGAAGAAACGACCGCUGGGAGCAUAUAUGCGUAAACGGAGCCAACGCAUCACAAGCGAAAGCAUUUCCGAAGAUGCAGAAGAAAAUGGAGAAGAGCGAGAGUGUGGUGCCGAAACGUCACCCACCGGAAGCCCAAGCAACAUCGAGCUGGCCUCGGACAAUCAUUUCCAUCACGUACACGGCCAUCGCAAUUCGGCUUGCGGAAAAUAUUUCCGUCAGGAUUCACAGGAUAGCGAUGGCAAAUGAGCUUUGGUACAGUGCGUUCGGUUGGAUAUUUAUGAGUUUUCUCGAUAUUUCACAUUUUUCUACAGAAAAACCCAAUUAAGAUAGCAGUACGCUUAGUUGUCUUCUAGAGUUUUAGGUUAAUCGUAUAAUAUGCCACACAAUACCUCCUACUAAGACACAAGAAACACUACCCAGUAUACUACAAUAUUGCUGCUCCAUGACAUGAGCGGUGGUCGUUUAUGGAGCCCGUGAAUGCACUAGAAAAUAAUGGAGAAGUGUGUAGUCACAUAGAAUCGACAGUGUCGUGAGAAUAAGACUGAUCUUUGAAUUCUUCGCAGAGAAACGAAAACACAAUUAGUUCAAAAGCCGGUUUAGCAAUGCUAACGUAAAACUAGCCCGAGAAUGUCUGAAGACGUUCGCACUAUCCAUACUACUUUGGAUAACAAAACAAUAGUUUAAAUAAUGGCAUGGUUUGAGCAGAAAAUCAUUCUUUUUGAAAGUAUAUUUCUCGUUACUGAAUCAUGAUUAGUACUUAUUAGAAUGGUAGAAAUGGAUUAUUGAUGGUCAUUAGCACUGUUUGUCUGGGAGUGUUAGAGACUCGCAACAAUUAUAUAUUAUAAUUAUUAUGAUGCUUGCUAACAGAAGUUUUGUUGUACUAUGUCGUUCUAGUUUUAAGCGUAAAUUAUUCGAACACAAUGUUUUUGGAUGCAUAUACUUAUUCAUAAUAAAAAAAAAAGUAUCCUACUUUAUCUAUACUAUUACUUAAGAA